AGGAAGCUGGGCAUUGGGUAUGAAUCCCGUCUGCGUUAUGACUGCUCUGAGCCCACAGAAAGCAGAAGUGUAAGGCUGUUCAGAAGGAGGUCCUUCCCUCUAAGCUCCCCUUCUAGGCUGUGGUGUCUACUUUUUAAAUAGAGUUCUGCUCGAGAGUGACUGGCAGGGCCAGGCGGCCUCUUCCCUGCACCCUGUUGAGCCCCCAGGAAGCUCUUACCUCAGCCUCCUGGCUGAGCUUUCUGCCUUCAGCUGGCGGCUGGCAUGUGGGACUGGAUUUAGCAUAUAGUGUCUCAGUCCACACCAGCUGCUCUCACCCUUCCUAAUGCUGGACCCUUAAACACUUCUGUUGUGGGUGACCCCCAAAUUAUUUGUUGCUACUUCCUGUUAUUUUGCUACUGUUAGAAAUCAUACUGUAAAUAUCUGUGUUUUCCAAUGGUGUAAGGUGACCCACAAAGGGUUGCAACCCAUAGGUUUCUCCCUGUUUGCACACACACACACACACGCAAAACUGACCCUUAGAGAAACCAUACACCUCUCAUGUCUAGCUGCACCUCUCUGACAUCAGCAUUGGGUUUUAAUCCCUGUCCUACCUCAAAACCCUGUAGGCUUUGAAUAUUUUAUUUAUUUAUUAUAUAUUAUGAUUACACUGUCGCUAUCUUCAGACACACCAGAAGAGGGCAUCAGACUCGUUUCAGAUGGUUGUGAGCCACCAUGUGGUUGCUGGGAUUUGAACUCAGGACCUUGGGAAGAGCAGUCGGUGCUCUUAACCACUGAGCCAUCUCUCCAGCCCAAAACCCUGUAGGCUUUGAUCUAGUCCCAGACCAGUCUCCUGCUGCUGUCUAUCCUUCCUCUUCCUCCCUCCUCCCCCACCAGGGAACGCACUCUUAACCUACUGAUACAGUCCCCAGUCCUUGAGGCAGGACAACCACUGUUGUGUCCUCAGUUCUGUUAGAGCUCGGGGGACACUUCCACCUUGGGGUCAAGCCUUAGACCAGGUUCCUUAUCAACUAGGAGGCAGAAGCUAUGUCCUUGUCACUUCUAAGACAGUAUCUGACCCUCCAUGGUUCAGCAGCUGCUAAUGGGUUUUCCAGGACAUUGCUCACCUGGGAGUCAAAAGGGUAAUGCCCGCAGGAAGUAGACAUGGCCUGCCUCAGUGGAGCCUGGUCCUCUCACAGGCCCCUCAUUCCUGAUGGCUUCCCACAGAUACAGCUUUCCCAUGCUCCCUUUGUCUUCCCAUAGCUUUUGAAAUCACAAACUGGGUUUUCUACGCCCCCUUCCACAGGCUCAGACACCAGUUCAUUAUAACUUGGAAAUGCCGUUUUCUUUAUAGACUUGGAUGCCUGAGAAGGAUCGCCAGUUGUUGUGUAUGCGGUGUUUGGAUUUACCAGCGUGGUGAACCUCAUCAUAGGCUUGGAGCAAGAUGGCAUCAUCGAUGGGUUUAUGACACACUACCUGAGAGAGGGUGAACCAUAUCUGAACACGGCCUAUGGGCACAUGAUCUGCUACUGGGAUGGCUCUGUUCAUUACCUGAUGUACCUGGUGAUGGUGGCUGCCAUAGCAUGGGAGGAAAGUUACAGAACCAUUGGCCUAUACUGGGUGGGAUCCAUUAUAAUGAGCAUUGUGGUUUUUGUGCCUGGAAACAUCGUAGGAAAAUAUGGGACACGGAUUUGCCCUGCAUUUUUCUUAAGCAUACCAUAUACGUGUCUUCCGGUCUGGGCUGGCUUCAGAAUCUAUAAUCAACCAUCAGAAAACUAUAAUUAUCCCUCAAAGGUUCUUCAAGAAGCCCAAGCAAAGACCCUGCUGAGAAGACCAUUUGACUUAGUGUUGGUCAUGUGUCUUUUCUUGGCAACUGGAUUUUGCCUGUUCAGAGGCUUGAUCGCUUUGGACUGCCCAGCUGAGCUCUGCCGACUCUACACACAGUUUCAGGAGCCCUACCUAAAGGACCCUGCUGCUUACCCGAAAAUCCAGAUGCUGGCAUACAUGUUCUAUUCUGUCCCUUACUUUGUGAUUGCACUCUAUGGCUUAGUGGUCCCUGGAUGUUCAUGGAUGCCCGAUAUAACCCUGGUCCAUGCUGGAGGUCUAGCUCAGCACCACCAGUGUCCAGGCUGGUCUUGUGACCUUCCUGCUCCAGCCUCCCAAGUGCCGGAAAAACAAACACACACCGCCAUGUCUUAUUCGUGUAAAAUAUUAAUAUUGAACAAUAAACUCUUAAGGCACUGCAACUUAAUAAAAAAUUGUAAUAUUUUAUUUAGAUCACUGGAAGACACACUGGGUAGUGAUUGGGUCUUGGAUUUCAGACUGUUAGGAACCUCCCAAGUUUGUUUUCUUCAGAAAAUGAAAGCUCAGUCAAGAUUUUAAAAUAAAAACCAGGCCAAGUUUCGUUGGGGGACCUAUAAUCUCUUUUCACACACAGCUUGCUAUAGGACUAAAGCUGUAAGCCUAACAUGGCAGCGUGUAUCAAUUCACUUAUUAUUGUUCCCCAUCGCCUGAAGUAGUCAGUUUCUAGUUAUGUGCACAUUUAACCAACUUAAGAGAUGUAGGUUGAGGCCUAUGAUGGACCUCAGUACUCAACAAAAGGUAGACUUUUCUUAUUUCCUACAAGACACAGUACAACUGCUCAUACUGCUAGUAUGCACUACAGGUACACUUUAGCUCUGUAAGUCAUUUAAUAUGACACAUGCAGAAACAUACAUAACACACACGCUUUAUACAAGGGACUGGAGGCUCCAAGAAUUUUGACAUAUAUGGGAUUUCCCAACGUCCUGGAUCCAAUCCUCCUUGGAUCCCAAUGGCUGACUGCACAGUUAGAAUCACUGAAAAUGAAACCAACGUCUAAGUUAAUAUAAUUAACAGCAGGAGCGGAUUCACUGUCCUUGUUGUCACUAGUUAAAUCUGUAAUUUCAGUUAAAGCAGCCUCUGUCACUUUAGCUCUCUUGAUCACCGACUUUGUCUUCUGUAAAGCUGCUAAGGAUUAAAGAGGUUAUGAGUACCAGAGCCUGACAUGUAAAAACUAUGAGACUCCGAUUUAUAAUUAUUAAAUAGAGAUUCCCAGGAAGAAUUGAGAGAAAAAUGCCUUCUCACUGAGAUUCUUCUACAAUUUAAACAAAGUAUAUCCACAUAUCAUGACCUAAAAAAAAAAAAAUCUGGGUAAAAGCUUAAGGGCAGGUUCCUAGUGGGCACCGGUUAGACUACACCGACUGGGCCAGCUGAGUCUGGUUACACCUCUCCCCAUGCACUCCCCAAUCCCGCCCCCACUCUUGUCUAUGCCGGAAUCUGCAGCCACAUCUGUGGACAGUUUAGUUGAAAAGAGUGUCUUGUAACAUUUUUCUUCAGGGAAACCUUUAAGGAGUAUCUUAACCUUUCAGGAAGCUCUUAGGUAACUAGGCUACCGAUUUCCCAUCUGCUUCUGAUGCUUCAUUACCAAGCACCUUUAGUGUUAAACUUUGACCUUGUUUCACUUUCUUACAAGCUUAUCCCUUGAUAAAGGAGUUAAAAGGUCAACAAAGGGACCUAAAAAACUGUAAGCCCAGGUUGUCAAGGAAUGGCAGAUCACAAACAGGUACUUAACUGAGCUUUGUAUGCCUACCCCUCCCCCGCCAGAGGUGGCUGUUACCUGGCUUGUGGUGGAGCUAUGAUUCAAUCCAGUCAGAAUUACCAGCUUACACUGUGGAUCACGUUUGUGUUACAUGGGGCCCAACAGAGGGUUCUGUCCUAAUGCCCAGUUUUGUUCCCUUAACAUUCACGUGGAGCUAGGUUUGUGAUUAGUGAGGAGAGGGAUUAGGAUAGGGGAGUCAUCCUUUCCUAAUUUUCUCUAUAAAUACAGGAGAGGGAGCUAUUACAGUUUAGCUUUUUCUUACUUUCAUUACUACAUUCUAAACAUUCCAUUGAACCAAAAAACAAAACAACCCAAGUAUCUCCUAUUUCUGCAAGUAGAAAGCUUAGAAUUAAGUCAAAGGGAAGUGACUAGAUGUGGCAGCCACACUACUGAGCUUUACAGCUCUAAUUGAGAUGUGGAGUUUAGCAGCACACAUCCCUACUCCCUCAACUCCAGCAGGGUUCCAGGCAGAGUCCCAGGUCCUGCAGGGAAGCAAGUGUGGUGAGUACUGGUGACCAACAUGCAUCUGGGAAAGGAAUCCUCUACAGGUGAAACCACAGUUCCUGAAACGUGGAACCCUGAGCAGCCACCAUCAGAGGAAGCGGCAGGUGUGGGCUCACUCAGCUGCCACAAACACACCCUGUGCAUACCAGAGCUGCACACAACUAGUCUCUUCCCUCUGUUCUCAGGGCUACACACCUUUUGGUGAUGAGUGCUAUGACCCUCACCCUUACUACUAAUUCUGAGUAUAAUGGCCUACUACCAUAGGUAUAGAAGUAUGCUGAAAGAUUCUUUUGUAUUCUGACAGUAACAAGACCAUUGUUGUUGAACGUUUAUUGAACUCUAACAAUGUGAUAGGUGCCACACAAAACAUUAGACACAGUAUCUGCCCGGUGGGCGUACAAUCUAAUCUAAGGACACAGAUCAUUUUUUGAAUGUUGCCAUGAGCUUUCUGUUCAUGAGAAUGAGGUAUUAAGCGCACCGUUCAGUGCAGGAAAGGACCCACACAAUCACUGACCUUUCAGGACGGUUUGCCUACAUAAGUACAACCAACUGCUCAUGUUUCUUAUUCUUGGGAAUUAUGGAUAGUGUUUUUCGGUCAUUUUAUGAUGAGCACAACAAUCUAUAAGGACAGAAUCACUAAACCCACAAAUCUGACAAAACCAGGGUUCAAAACUGGCCUCUAGUCCAAAAUAAAAUUGUUGUAUGUUCAGAAAAUCAGCUAAAGUAGGACCUAGAGAAAGUGUCAGGAGCCAUUUUCGUUCAGAGUCCCCCGACUGUCCAAACAGUCUCUCUCCUCAAGGCAGCUUUCAAAGUGCCCUUUAUCUCAGGUCUUUGUCUGCAUAGCCCUGAGAGGCAAACCUUGGAUGGGCCUUUUGCUCUCUGCCCCAGGGAGGUGUGUUCAAGGGCAGAACCUUCUCAGUGCCCAAGGACCACAGUACAGGUAAUCCACUUGUGGGUCCUUGUCAGCACGCCACGGGAAUUUAAUUUUCAGUGAAGUAAAAACAGAUUAGAGGUAUCUGGAAUAUAUCAGUAAUUUAUAAAUUGUAGCCCAUUAAAAUAUCUGCCAUUGAUACAAAUCCUGAACAUGCUCUUUUCUUGUCAAGGUCACAUGAAAUGCUAAGUAGCAUUUUAUCUGUUAGCACUUAGCACUCUCAAUUGACUCCAUAAGGAAAGACAUAUAAAGUAACAAUACAUUGAAAACAAAUUCCCUAGUGAUCCAUUGUUACUUCUGUCUCCUUAGAUUGCAGGAUCCUUACUCUUUUCUCUUUAAGCAUAGUAAACGGAUAAUUUACUAUUUAACUACAUAAAUCCUUAAUCUUUAUUUCUGUGUAUCUUGAUUUUCAGGCAAACAUAGAAGUGCAGACUUGGAAUUUAUAUUAUUAUAAUAACAAAUUUUCUGAGAAAAUACUCUCUUGGUUUUUAAUCCUGCUAUGUCCUGUAUUACUUUUCUAAUAGUUUUUCUCUGUGCUUAUGAAAAGUACAAAAACCAAAUGAGCCAAGCAAAAUUCAACCGUCACAUUCUGAGUAGUUUAUAAACUAUUCCAUAUAAACAGACGGAGCCCUUGCUGUUCUGUUCUCAAACUUCAAUUACGCUGAGCAGUCACUGCCCUAAGUAGACUUCAGUCUGCUUUGGAAAGGCUGCCUGUGUAUAUAUUUGUCAUUUUAUAAUCAUAUUGCUAUCCACAGCCAAGCUAUUAGCAAGCUUAUCUUACAAACAACCAUAGAGCUAUUGAGUUACAUAAAACCAAGCACGCAAAUGAAUAAACAGUAUAUGCUGAUGGGCUCUGAGCUCUGGCUUCCAGUGGGCGGUCUGAGACCUUCAAUGUUUCUCUUUUAAGUAGCUUGUUAUACUAACUACAGCUUAAAUGUUAAAAACAACUUCAUUUGUAACUCAAACCCAAUUUAUGAGACCCUGCUGAGUGUCUUCAUAGUCUUCCUAAAAUUCAAAUUAGAAAAAGGGGGGGGGUGUUUCAAAUUUUUGUUGUUGAAUUGAGCCAGUACUGUUUGGUAUUUGGCACUGGACAGGUUAAAAACAUACUUUAAAGCAGAUACAUUAUUUGAAUAGUUAGAUCAAGAACAACCCUAAAUUUAGUGAAAGACUAUAUAUUAAGACUGGAUUACCUAAAGGUAUUAUGCCUUUAAGAUAGGUUUUGAGGGCAUAUGGGCUGGAGGAGACAGAAUUCAUCAUUAAUGCAAGCGAAGAGAUCUUGUCCUUACUGGUUUUGUUUUGUUUUAACGUAAACAGGCUCAGUUUUCUCACAUCGGUGCGUCCCUUCAUGCCAGAACUGCUUAUGUCUACAGAGUCCCUGAAGAAGCGAAAAUCUUUUUUCUAGCAUUAAACGUAGCAUAUGGAGUUCUUCCUCAGCUCUUGGCUUACCGUUGUACCUACAGUCCCGAGUUCUUCAUAAGAACCAAGGCAGAUGAAAAGCUGGAAUGAACAUACCUCACGUUGUCUCUGACCUGUUAUGGAACUGGCGCUAGCUCUCCUUUAUCCCCUCCCAGACACGAAUACUCACAAGGAUACACACUUGCUUUGCAGCAUACGUGUGAGUGAAACUACUCGUAUUGAAUGGGUAUAUUUUCGGUUUUGAAAGAAAAUUAAAGCUGAGAAAGAGCUUGUUUAAGGAAAUAUAUCAACAUUUGUCUGUGAAUGUGACCAUUGAUCUUAACAUUGUUUGCACACAGUACGUGUGAAAAGUACAACUCUAGUGCCUACAAAAACCAUAAAAAUGAAGCUAUUCAGAAGUGACUAACCAUAUUCACUAUGCAUAGGAAAGAAUUCAAAGUAGCAGUUACAGGUUGGAGAAAUAGCUUCAUAUGAAAUGUAUGAGUUGACAAUCCUAAUAUAAAUGCCAGAUCAUCACAAUAUUUUUAAAUUGAUUCAAGUGUUUUCAUAUGGAAAGUGUAUUAUUUAUUGCUGUUUUAAAAAUUGCUGUCAAAACUUCUAUUGAAUGUAAACAGCUAGGAUGACACACAUCAACUUCAUUAGUUGCCUUAAUGAACACUUGUUUCAUAGGUGGCUGGCUGAUUAUUUCUCUUGUGUUUCUGUGUAUAUCUUCAAUAAAAUUAUUUUUUGGUGCUUAUGAAGAUAAA